AUGUAUUUUCACCUCAUUGAUAAUUCUUAUGAAGAAAACAAAGGUAAUAUUUGGAUUCUGUGGAGUGAUUCAAUAAAUCCUCCUUCAAUAAUUUCAAACACCAAACAAGAGAUAACAGUGGAAGUGGGAGAUGCUCUUAUUGCUGGAGUUCAUGCUGCUACUCUUACUGUUAAUAGAAGAGAGUUAUGGAAAGAUUUGGAGGACAUAAAUAAUCUGAAUAAGCCAUGGCUUGUGAUUGGUGAUUUCAAUACAAUGAUGAUUAUGGAGGAAAAGAAAGGAGGAUUAGCUCCUUUAAAAAUAUCAAUGAUGGAGUUUAAAAAUUGUCUGAAUAUUUGUGGUCUCAUUCAAGCGCCAAGUACUGGAUUACAUUUUUCAUGGUGUAACAAUAGAGCAGGAAGGAAAAGAAUUGUAUGCAAUUUAGAUAGAGCAGUUUUCAAUGACAAAUGGCUGGAGUUAUUCCCUAGUUGGGGAUAUAAAGUUGGAGAAAGAGGAAGAUCAGAUCAUGGAGUUCUAUAUGGCGCAAAUACUGAAAUUCCAAAACCAAAAAAUGUUCCCUUCAGAGCAUUAAAAGGAUUCAAUGCAUACUUUCUUCUUCUUCUACCAAAAGUUAAAAAUGUUAAAAGAUCUAAUCAAUUCAGACCUAUACGUUUGAUGAACUUCGGAUUUAAAGAGAUCACAAAAAUCGUAACAACAAGAAUUGGUAAUGUGAUUCAGAAAGUUAUAUCCCCACAACAAGGAGCAUUUAUAAAAGGAAGAAACAUCCAAGAACAGAUAGUCUUAUCUUCUGAAUUGAUAAAUGAAAUUGAUGUGAAAAUGAGAGGUGGAAAUCUGGGACUCAAAUUGGACAUAACUCAAGCAUAUGACUCCUUAAGUUGGGACUUUCUUUUUCAGGUCAUGAGAAAUUUUGGCUUCUCAGAAAAGGGUAUUAAAUGGAUACAUACAUUGCUGCAAUCUGCUAGAAUAUCAGUUCUCCUCCAUGGUGGUCUUGUUGGAUAUUUCAAAGUGGGCAUAGGACUGAGGCAAGGAGAUCUCAUGUAUCCAAUUCUUUUUGUUAUUGCCGAAGACCUCUUGAUUAGAACAUUAUCAAGAAUGAUUCAAGACAGAACAAUCCAGCCAAUGGUGUCAGGAAAUGGAGUUCAACCUUCUCACAUUUUAUUUGCAGAUGAUAUCUUCUUAUUUUGCAAUGGAGAUAAGAGAAACAUUAGAAAGCUACUUAAUUUUCUCAGGGAUUAUCAAAUGUCAUCUGGUCAAAGAGUUAAUUUUGAAAAAAGUAAAUGUUUCAUCGGAGGGACUAGUGAACUAAGAAAAGUUCAACUGGAAAAUGACUGCAACAUGCCUCUAUCAACAUUUCCAGAUAAGUACUUAGGUGUUAUGUUAACUCCUGGAUGCAUCAAAUCAUCUCAUAUAUGGGGCUAUGUGGAGCAAAUUCAAGAAAAUCUUGUUGGCUGGAAAGGAAAACUUCUCUCUUUUCAAGAAAGGUUAAUUCUAGUAAAACAUAUACUCUGCAGCAUACCUAUAUACAACAUGUCAGCAUACAAGUGGCCCAAGAAAGUUAUUCAAGAUGUUGUACGAAUGAUAAGAAAUCUUUUAUGGACUGGUGAUCCUUCAACAACAAAAAUGCAUAACUCUGAAAUGGGACUAUUUUGGAAAGAUGCAUGGGUGAAAGAAAGAGCACUAAAGGAUAUAUUUCCCAGAAAUGAAUACAUGCUCAAUUUCCCUGAGAUGAAAGUAUCUGAUCUACUUUUAGAAGGAGAAUGGGUAAUUCCAACUGAAAUUUUGGACAUGCUACAUCAAAAUGAUCUUCCUGUGAUAAGUACAAAUGAAGAUAAGAGAAUCUGGUAUGGCACAAUCACUGGAGAUUUCACAGUUGCAUCAGCUGUGGAAUGUAUAAGAAGAAAAUUCCCAAAAUUGUUCUGGACAAAAAAGGUAUGGUCUUCAUCUGUUCAUCCUAGUAUUUCAAGUAAUAUAUGGAAACUCUUUAGAGGAAUUACUCCUACAAAUGACAAAAUGAAAUCCAGAAAGUUUAAGCUAGCUUCAAGAUGCAUAUUUUGUAAAAAAUCUGAAGAAAAUAUCAACCAUAUUCUAUGGCACUGUGACUUCAGUGAAAUCAUAUGGAAAUGGCUGGGUGGAAUAUUCUGUUUUUUACAUACAAGAUCAUAUGAUGAGAUGCUGACAAUGGCAAAGCACAAAAGUCCUGCAAUUAAAGAACUGUGGAAGAUAUCAUCUUUUAUAACAAUGAAGGAGAUUUGGUUUCAAAGAAAUAGAUGUGUGUAUGAUAAAGAUAAAGUUAAUGUAAAGGUCAUUCAAUAUAGAAUUGUGAAGUUAACUUCAGAAUAUGAAAUCAAAAUGAAGGCUCACAUGUGGAACACAGCUUAUGAUCUACAAAUUCUAAAAUCCUUUGGGUUGAAGUGCAAAAAAAUUAGAUCCACUAAAAUACAAGAAAUCUUUUUCAAACUUCCUCAAAUGGGUCAAAUAUUACUAUGUUGUGAUGGUGCUUCUCAAGGAAAUCUAGGUGCAGCUAGAUAUGAGUUUAUUUCCAGAAAUAAUGAAGGAGAAUGCAUAGUAGCAUUUGAAGGAAGUUUGGGGAUAGCUACAAACUAUAAUGCUGAAGUUCUAGCUAUCAUAUGUGCUGGUGAAUGGGCCAUUCACAAAGGUUAUACUCACCUUAUAUUUCAAUCAGAUUCACAGGCAGUAAUUGAAGCUUUCAAAUCUCAUAGAAUUCCUUGGUUUGCCAUUAACAGAUGGAACAAGAUUUGUAGAAGUGCAGAUGAUCUGAGUCUCUGUCACUGUUACAGAGAAAUCAAUUUCUCAGCUGACACUCUUGCUAAGAGAGGAUCAAGAUUGGAUCAAGGAUAG